AGACUAGACUAUCCAAAUAAAAGAAAGUUGGUCGGAUGCAAAUGGAUAAAAGCGACAAGAUGAAGAUUAAAGAAAGUAACAAUUAAUGUCUUAUAAGUUAAUCAUAAGAAAUAAAUAAUUAAUCUCGUAUAACUUUGUUUUUCCUAAAAAUCGAAAUCAAAACUGAAAGGUACAAGGUUGGGAUUGUGGACGUGGUUUAAACUAAACAAAAACUUUAAUGUAUGGUAAUGGCUUCAACAACCACUAGAAUGGUGAAGGGGAUUUUGCUGUUACACCUCUCUCCCACACCCCCCUCCUCUUUGUUUCGCCUAACUCGCGACCUUUCUCGCCCUUUCUUCCUCCCCUCUCUUCAAUUAAAGCGUUCGCGCCCUACCACCGCAAUUCGAUGCGCUUCCUCAGCUUCAGAUUCUGGAAACAAAGUUUCCUCUCGGUUAUCACAGGUUCAGCAGCUUCUUCAAGAAGCCGAGCACCGAUCUCUCUCCGCCGAUAACAAUGGCCCCAUUCCUAAAAUCACUUUGGAUAACGUUACCGUGAGCUUUGCUAGAAGUGGAGGACCUGGGGGUCAGAAUGUCAAUAAAGUGAACACCAAGGUCGACAUGCGGUUCAAUGUUGGAAAUGCAUAUUGGCUAAGUGAAAGGGUCAGGGAGAAGAUUUUGCAGAUGGAGAAAAACCGCAUUAACAAGGAUGGAGAGCUUGUGAUUACUUCAACCAAAACUAGAACACAGAAGGGUAAUAUUGAUGAUGCUUUGGCAAAGCUUCAGGAAAUCAUUGAUGCAGCGUCUUAUGUCCCACCACCUCCCUCAGAAGAGCAAAAGAAGAAAAUCGCAAAGUUGGCUGCUAUAGGAGAGCACAAACGCCUUAAAAGUAAGAAAGUGCAAUCAGAUAAGAAGGCUCAAAGAAGAAGUAAAAGUAGUUGGGACUAAUGUAUUGAUUUUCCAGAAUCUUUAAAUUAUUUAUCAUCUUAGGUACAAAAGCACAACAAUCCUUUGAUACAACCAUAAUUGAAUACAUACACAUCAAGAUGAAUGGUUGAAGAAAACCAAGUUAAAACAUUAAUCAACAGGAAGGAUAUUUUCAAAGUGAUUUAUGGCUGUAUAGUGUUGUUCAUAAUUGUGACGUAGCUACGAUUUAAUGCAAUAGAAAAAUUUCUAAUUGAAGUGCUAUAUUGCUUUUAUCUACAA